AUUUUAGGAGACCAAAGAGGAUAAAGUUCUUAUGCGGCCUCUUUAUGACCGAUAUCGUAAAAUUAAACGGCGUAUUGCUAGUUCAUCAAGAAUAAUUUCGCCAGUAAAAACAAUUUAUGGUGAUUUUAACCAGAUGAAUAUAGACAGUGGCUUACAACAUGAAAAUGACAAUUAUUUUAUAAAUAAUUUUAAUGAAGAAAAAAGACAGGCUUCUGUUCAUUCUAAGAAUGAGUUCAUUCUAUCACCAAGACAACCGAGUUAUCAACCAUAUCUUGAUUCAAAUAAAGAAUUUUUUGAAAAUGGACAUUAUUUGAAUAGCAAUGAAAAUUCAGGGUGCCUUGGUGUUAAUGAAAGAGUUGAUCCAUCAGGAGAAACAUUGAAUGUCACAAAAAAGUUUAUCGAUGCUUCACCUGCGAUAAAAAAAAAUCACGUCAGUGAAUCAAUUUUGUAUGAUGCAACAUUAUCGGAACUUAUUGAGCAACAGAAUGAAACAAAACGAGCAAAGAAACAGUUAGGAAAAUUACUUAAAGAGUUUGAAGAUAAAUUUUUUAUUGACCAACACAGGAAAGUGCAAAAAGAAGAUAGAAUACCCAAAGAACGAGAAUACAGAGAGUAUAAACUCAUAAAAGCAAAGUUACGUCUCAUUGAUGCCUUAGUAGCAAAGAAAUCUGAAUAUAAUCGUGUUAUAUAAACUUACCGCAUGUGCCUAAAUAAAUAAAUAUACAUAUAUAUACAUAUAUAUAUAUAUAUAUAU